CACAGAACGUCUCCUCGUCGACCUACCUAAACCUACCUCCCCUCAUCUCCCCAUUUACGUUGCCCAUAUUUUCUUACGUUUAAUUCUUCUUUGUUUCCCUGCCGUUGCAUAUUGCACAGGCACACGUUGCAUCUAAUCAGCCGUCUUCCUGGCAGGGGGAAAGACGCUGCCCCCGGAGACUCUAUCUCUCUUUUGCGAUCGAUCGUUCCGACCCAACGACCUCCCGCUUUGCGACUCCUGUCAUCGACCGGCCACUCGUCACCCAUCACCCAUCACCCGUCACCUGAUUUAAUUUCUUCCAUUUCUUUGGAGCGUUCGGCGACGAUUGCCUCGAGAUUGCCCCCACCACUCUUCAACCAAAGUGCUUCAGUACUUCACUUCCGGCCGCCUCUAACGAAUCGGCCUCGCCACGACGAUGGCAACAGAGGCUCCUACGGAUCCCUCUGUCGAUGCUUCUACCCAUGACGCGAACCUCUCUAAUCAGUCUGGCAAUGCUGACUCCGCCUCCCAACAUGUCACCCUCAAUCGUCCAAGCGUAAAUGGGAGCCCCGCUCCCGACGAAAUCGAGAAUAAACAUAUUACCAGCGUUGAGGAUCAAGCCCACUCGGCCGAAGUCAGUGUGAGCGGAGGAUCCGACACAGAAGCAUCACGGGGCGAUUCUACCAGCAAAUCCAAAGAUGGCGACAAAUCUCAACCUCGUUCUUCGACGACCCUCAAAAAGCACACCACCUUCAAAGCCGUCUCGGUUAACAAGACUUUUCUUGCUGCCAAGGCGGCCGCAAGUAGUUCGACGUCCAAGGCCAACGACAAGGGUACUACCCCGUCUGCUGUGAAUGCCGCCUCGUCAGGCACCGCAGCCCUGUCUGGUUCCCGCCCAAGACUGGUGGCCAAGACGGGCGGCGGUUCAGGAACAGGGCCUAAAUUUUCCUCUGUGAUGAACGGUGGCAAGACAUCAACUGGACCUGACGCGAAUGCUGUCUGGAACAAGAAUCGCCCCGUUCCUGUCCCUGAUCCCAGAAAACUUACCGACGAGGAGCUGCAGAAAUACGGUAUUCAUAUGGCAAACCGACUCGGACCGGAGAGCACACAGGGACAGAACAACUGGGCAGACAUUGACGAUGAUGACGAUGACUGGGCGCCUGAUACUAUCACUUGGACCGACGGUACCAAGGUUACCCUCCCCCAACCUUCCGAAGGAACCACGGCCCCCUCUCCUGAUCGCCAGCCGACCCCGCCCAAGGAAAAGCCGCUUCCUCCCGACAACAAGCCCAGGUCACCCGCUGAGCCCGAUGCCGUCACCGCUUCUCCGACCAUGAAACCCGGUCUUCUCGCUUCAGGAAAAGGCUUAAUUCUUAAGGGGGCCUCGGCCGAGAAGGCCACCUUGGUCGCCAAACCUCCUGCGCCGACUACCCAGGCCAAAAGUCCCUGGGGGAAGCUCCCCCCCGUCGACAGAACACCGCCCGUCGUUGCGGAGCCGCCUCCUUUCCAGUCUCAGCCUCGCGUACAUCCCAGGGAUCAGCAUGGUCAUGCUGUCCCGGGCCGCCCCGAGCCACAGCCACAGCCACACGGUGCCCCUCGAGAGAUAGCACCGGACGACUUUAGCAGGUCGGCGUGGCGCGAUGGACCUGGAGCUGGCAACAGAGAGCUUUACAACUCGCACUCUGGUCGAUAUGAACCGGCACCUGAUCGUCGACCUUCCUGGCGGGCCGAUCAGCAUCCCAAACAACCCGCUCUCCUACAACGCCCCCAGCUCGACCAGCCUGAGCCGUCUCCUGCCUUUCAGACGAGUAGAACAACUGCCCAGGACGGUCACUAUGGCCGACGCCGCGGCUCGUCUUCCGUUAGCGCAAGCAAUCCUGCUUAUCCGCAAAGGCCCUUUUUCAAGGGACAUGACCAAAAUAUCCCCGCCGAUGACCUACCCCCGCCCGGAGCCCGUAGCGGCUCCCUCACGGCGUCGAUUGAGAGCCCGGCCUCGCCUCGUGGCUUCUCCCCCUCUGGUCUUCACAGUGGACCGCGGAUGCACCAACCUAGCCAAACCUGGCGACCUCAUGUUUCCCCUGCCACAUCACACGCCACGCUUCACACCGCCGUCCCUUCCGCAGUCGUCAGCCAGCCGGAGAGGACCGCCGAGGACGAAUUCGAAUAUCAGAAGAAAGUCAUGCGCGAAAAGCGAGAGCUGGCAAUGCAGCGACGCCGCGAGCAGGAAGCUCGAGAGGAGGCCGAGAGACGCGAGCGGAUCAAGGCCAAGCUCGAGAAGUUGGGCCCUCCGCCCGAGCGCAAGUCGACGAAGGAAUCAACGUCCCAAGAAGAGAAGCCUACGCCGGCCCCGCACAUUCAACAACGCCCCACUCGGAUCGAGACGAGCUCUGCGUCGCAUUCCAAGGAUUCGGCGGUGAGCCCCGGCCGUUCUUCCGCCCAUCUCUCUGCAGCGCAGGAGUUCCCUUCCGCCGACAAACCCCUCGCCGAGAAGUUGCUCGAAAAGUCCCCGAGCGGACCGGGCGCUGCCGGAAAUUCUACAGUUCCGUCACACAUUCUUGGUCGUCAAGACGUCAGAUCCGCGGCGGACACCAAUACCGAUACGCUUCCGACGCACUUUCGCGGGCGACAGGAUGCGCGGUCGAACAGUUCCUGGAAUUCAUCGCAGACGUCUCAGCCAGAUCAUUUCGCUACUGCUACUUGGGGUGUUCCGGCCCCGCAACCUUCAGGAAGCGUCUGGGCUCCAAACAACACUCGCGGCCUGGGCAACGGCACCUUCAACGCAAACCUUGGACGUGCGCCGGCCAUUGGUUCACCGCCACAAAUCGAUCCGUCCCACUCCAGAAAGGGACCCGCGCCUAUAGCCCCACCUAGCACUCAGCAGAGGGCGCAUGAACCCGGCGUACAGCCCGAGCCGAAUGCCGCCACACGAAGCCGGUGGACCGCUGCGAUCGCUGACAACGACAGGGCGGUCCGGAGCGACCUGAUUCUGCGUCAAGCCGAGCAGGAAAGACAGCUUUCCGAGCGCGGACUCACCUUCGCCGACACGAUCCCCGACGUCACGGAUACCUGGCGGCCUGCGACGAAGCUUCCUGCCUUGCAGCCCUCUCGGGCAGAUGUUUCCCAAGCCGAUCGUCCUUCGACUAGCGCUGGCGGACUGGGUGGCUCUGUGCUUCACCCUGCUUCGUCCGCAUCGCAACCCCGACCGUCCCGAUUCUUCCCUCACCCUCCAAAGGACGUGCGGAAUGAACCGACUUAUGACCUUGGGCCAAGCCGACCAAAAUCGCCCUCACCACCUCCCCCGGAUGCAGCUGGUCACCCGGCGUUCGAUGGUGAUGCCCUACAUCCGCACGUUUCGCUCCCUCCCCCGCAGCCCAUUGUCAGGCUGCCCCCCGCUCCGGCGGCCACAUUGGCCUCUGUAUCCAAAGCGGGCUCUUCGUUCUCCUGGGCGAACCCGGCCCCGUUCAAAGAGACUGCCGGUGCUACUGCUACUGCGACCGCGACUGCGACUGCGACUGCCACGGUCACCACUACCACCUCCUCACAUCGUGCACGCGGCGGCUCACAUGCUGAACGGGAUAACGCCCACGCUCCCUCUGGCGAAGCGGAUGGCUCCCAGUCCACCACGGCUGGCGCUUGGGACGAGAGGUUCCGAAAUCUCUUCUCUGACCGGAAAGCCCCCACGGGGCGUAAAGUCGUAACCCCGGCCAAGGCAUCGGUCGUGGACCCAUCGAGCAGGAGUGCUCUGGACGAGGCCGGCCACCGUUACCCCGCCAUGGUUUGCCUCCCUCAGGAUGCCGACGUGACCCGUGGGCAUAUAUCUGCCCGGAAGGAGUUCAGGGACGAUCUGACGCGUUUCACGAGCAAACCAUUGUCGGAAGAAUGCUUCGAGGAGCAGGAAAUGGGUUCACUGCCCCUCGUCCGCGUGCCCCGCGAUGUGUCUGACGCUGCGUGGCAUCCGGCGCCGCUGCCCGAUGGAGAUGACGUUCGGCGGUUCGAAAUCGGGGACACCACGUCCGCAGAGCAGCUACGGAUCCCACACGAUUUCGCGGCAGCUGCUCGGGGCGGGCCCGAGUAUCGCAUUCGGUUUCCUGGCAUGAGCACUUGGAAAUCCGUCCCGGCCCCUGCUUUGCGCUCACGGAGCAACCCCCGCCGGGGCCCCGGUAGAGGAUCCCGCACAUCGGUUGGCUCUCGGGCCGGCAAGGGACGAGACUCCAGCUCCCAAGCCGGGGAUCAGCCUUCCCAAGGUCCCUCCGGGGGUCGUGGAGGCCGAGGCGGAUAUCGAGGGAGAUCGUCGGAUUGGACUCGCCGGACGCCUCCUGCACAUGGCUCCCAUUAGUCGUCGGACCUGUUCAGGUGGGAACCCGGAGCGAUACACUCGGCCUUUAUUCUGCGACGGAAUAUGUCUGCUCAACCGUGAAAAAGUAUGGCCGAUGCAUCCCUGCCUACGUUAUACAACCAUUUACACAGCUACAGCACGGUGGGGUUGUCUUGGCGGAAAUGCCCAACCUGCUCUCGGUUAUCGGCUCAGAGCGGCGUGUACGAUUGUUUGUUUCCUGGGAGACGGAUACCUUCCCGUGGGAGGUUUUCCUGGAGGAGACUGUUUCCUAUAUCUCAACGUGGCUUGCACUUGAGUCUUGAUCGGUCUGGUUGUCCCCCAUUAACAACAGCCCGAACACCCAAGGGCUGGGGGGGGGGGGACGGGGAACUCGAUU